CAAUAUUCUUACUAGCAGGCGAUGUUUGGUUGAAGAUAGCUGUCUUGUCUCGAUUUUCUUGACGUUUUUCUAAAAUAUUUUAGCUGACGUAGACAGAAGUUAAAGCUUAAUAUUUUUCGCUAGAAUUUUAUCAUGUCUAGUAAACCAACCAAGCCGGGCAGAAGCGAAGGAGCAGAUUUUGAGAGGGAACAGCUACUGGAGGCUGUGUCUGAUGACAGCGACGAAGAUUUUGUGUUACGUAACAAAGUUGGGGGCCGUUCAUCAGAUAACAAACUACAAGAUGUUAAAUCUCAGGUGGAAGAGGUCACAAAUGUUAUGAAAGAAAAUGUGCAUAAGCUGUUUGCCAGAGGAGACCAGUUAGAUGAGCUUAAUGAGAGGUCUGAAAACUUGAGAAGUGCUUCCAAUGAAUUUCAUUCUGCCUCAUCAAGAUUACGUAAAACAAUGUGGUGGAAGGAAAUGAGAACUCGACUCGUCCUAGGAUCACUGUGCAUCCUGGUUGUGCUGGUUAUGAUAAUAUGGCUAGCAGUCAAGUACCAUUGAUUCAAAAACAAGAAGACUACAAGACAAAAAGCAUAUCGAAUUUAUCAGAUUACGUCAGACAUUUAUAUUUUCUUGUCGUGUUAAAAUUUCGUCGGCAGUAUUACCACGUCAAUAAGACCAAUUCAGAAAUAUUGAAGGCCGUGCAUGAUAGUCAGCUGUGAAUGAAUGAUAGUCUAACAUUCACUAUAUUACUAAACCAUCUAUUUAUCGUUUUGUCAAACCAAGUGAGAUUUAUGUUAAUUCGGAGAGAAUUUAGUUAAGCGAUAAAGGAUUGAACACUUCCCAUUGUAUUUCACCUUUCACGAAAUAUAAAAUGAUGAAUACAGAACUGAUGGUAUUCCAUCAAUGUCCGUGAA